AUGGAUGUCUUCUACAUGUACACCUACGGCACGGGGGCCUGGCUAAGUCUCCAAGGCCUGUCCCUCGUAGCGUCGCCCAAAAUGAUAAUCGCACUCCUCCUCGAUGAACCCCGUACGCCAUCAGCACUGGAAGUGUACUUUGCACGCUCAUUAGGCCUAAGUUUGAUAACACUCGCCAUUCUCAAUAUCGUCCUUACUGGCUCCAUUCCCUUGACCUCCAGCUACUCCAUAAGCUCUGAUGAAGACGACCCCAAGGCUCCCUAUGCGGUGCCGACGCUCAUGAUCACCUCGGCAUUCCAUGCAGCCGCUGCGUUUUAUGCGUAUACCUGGGUCGCGUGGGGUGGGACGGUUUCACACAUGGUUGGAGUGGCAGCCUCUGGAGGCCUGUCGGCGGUGGGACUGUGGUGUAUCCUCUUUGCCAGUACAAGGGGUCGGAUUAGCAGAAGGACGGGCGUGGAUAAGAGAAUGAGCGGAUUCCCGUUUGAUAACGCAGAGGCAGAUAAGAAGAGGGAGCGGAAGAGAAUGCGACGAUUGAGGAGAUGGUGUAUUCCUCGCAUCCAAGGGCCAACUCGCCAUCCAACAACCGCCGGCACCGUGGAGCCAAAUCUGUCGCCGAUUUUAGGGAUCCGAGCUCCACCAGACGAUCCCUUCGCUGCCAUGGAGUCAUCACGGCCGCUCCCACCACGAUCGCCCUCCGAACUCGACGCGCUACCCGACGCUGCCCUGACCGCCAACGGACUGAGCGACUUGGAUCGCGAUCUCGAAACCCAGCUUAAAAAUGGCGACUUGCAUCCCGAGGCGGAAGCGUCAGACAAACAGGACCACCUGGAGCGGGCGGAUGGCGGUCUCAAGGACGGGGAGGAAUGGGAUCAGAUCAUGGCUGAUGCAGACAACGUCGUCGCGGCGACGGAUGCAAUCGCGAGUGCUGCGAUGAUCAGUGGGCAUGCGCAGGCGGAACGGACGCAUGGCGCCGCCGUGGUCGUGGAUCCAGAGAUCUCCGCCGGUGAGACGCAGAAUGAUGAGGACGGGAUGCACCUGUUGAUGCAGAAGCAAUCGCGGCACGGUGAGUCCAGCAUGCCCGUCGCUGCCGGCGCCGUUGAUUCAAGGACCGGGCCGCAGUAUGCGCUCCUGGACACUCGCGAGGUCGCCGCGCCUCAGCCUCUGGCUCUUCCCUCGUAUCAGACCCCGAUCGCACCGUCAGCGCAGCAUGACUUUGCGCCUCACGCUCUUCCGCAAGAACAGACACAGCCGGUUCUCCAAAAUAUCAUCCCUCCAUUCUCAGCGCCCGCACAAUCGAGCCGUGCGGGCUCGGAGCGAACAGAGGGCGGAAAUCACUUUGCAGAGAUGAAAUUGAUCCCCAACCCACCCGACCUACAGCGAUGGAGAGAGAGGCUAUUUAAUGUCGAGGACACCAUCGUGUUGAGUGAAGAAGAGCACGCCUCCCCUUGA